CAAAGUCGUCAGUCAAAGUUUGCAAUUUGAGUCACAAACCCGCGGUCGCAUUACACCGGGUAACUAUUUACGCGAAACUUAAGAACACACGAAGUGAUUGACAGUGGAUAUAAAGUGUAACUUUAAAUUGAAGUAUUUUUGUUAAGAGUUUAUUUUUUGCUUUCAUUUAAAAUUUGAAAGUUAAAUGUAUUGAAUGCGAAGUGCAGUGUUGUGUGGUCGCUAUGUCAGAAGCUGGUCGCCGCGGUACUGCGUACACUAUUGACAACAUACUCGGACACACGGACAGACAGCCAGAUCGGAUAGAAUUGAAAAGCGAGAGUGUUGCUCAUUCGGACUCGGAGCACGAGCACGACCUGAGCGAGCACAAUGAGCUGGAGCACGGGCACGGCGAGCACAGCGAGCACGGGGAGCAUAUGGAGGCGCUGGACGCCGGCAGACCGCGCAAGGUGCGCCGCAGCCGCACCACGUUCACCACGUACCAGCUGCACGAGCUGGAGCGCGCCUUCGACAAGACGCAGUACCCCGACGUGUUCACUCGGGAGGAACUCGCUAUGAGGCUGGAUCUUAGCGAAGCUCGAGUGCAGGUAUGGUUCCAAAAUCGACGAGCAAAAUGGCGCAAGCGAGAGAAGGCGCUCGGGAGAGACCACGCACCGUUCAUGCAUCAUGAUCAUGUGGUCGGAGAAUGGGGCGGCGGUGGUCCACCAGGCGGCGAGUGGUGGGCGCUCGGCCUCGGAGCUGGACUGGGUGCGCUGGGAGUACCGGCACCGCUGUGGCACGACGCCGAGCCAGCCGCCGCCUUCAGGGCGCUGCUACAUAGAUACGUACUGGCGCUUCCACCACCAGCGUUGCGUCCACCUGAGCCUGAACCGGCGCCGGCGUCACCCCCGUCGCCUCCUUCCCCGUCACCCUCGCUGGCCCGCCUGGCCAGUGCCGAGGCUCUGCGUCUGCGAGCUCACGACGCCCUCCUACAGGACCGCGUGGCACUCCAACACAAUAACAAAGUCCACACGUAACCUGAACCGAGUGCGAGUGUCUGUGUCACACCUGGACAUUUGAACGCGUUCCUGUAACGGUUCGUGUUUCUGAUUGAUGGACACAUUGAUGGGAUAGUGUUGGUUCGUUUGGAACUGGUCAGUAAGCACUUAAGACCUUAUUAGACUAGCGGUUUGGAAGCGGUUGCGAGACGGGGCGGGCGCGUAGUAGUUGCGUGGCGAAUGAAUCG